UUGAGGCGCGGGGCGGGCGCGGGGCCCCGCUGCGCCCCCGCCGCGCCGGAACCGCGGGCGCGCAGCGGCGGCGGCGGCCACGGCCCCGCCGCCCCCCGCCCGGUCCCGGCACCGGCCGCACCAUGCGGAGCGCCCGGGCGCUGCUGCUCGCCCUCGCCCUGCGGGUCUGCGCGCUGGACACCGAGACGCCCGCCGCUGGCUGCACCUUCGAGGAGGACAGUGACCCCAGCCAGUGUGAGUACAGCCAGGGCGAGGACGAUGACUUCGACUGGGAGCUCCUCCGCAGUUACCUGAUGCCUCACCUGACCCCUGACCUGCCUCAUGGCUCCUACUUGAUGGUGAACUCCUCUCAGCACACCCCGGGCCAGAAAGCUCAGCUGCUGCUCCAAGCACUGAGUGAGAAUGACACGCACUGCCUGCAGUUCAGCUACUUCAUGUUCAGCCGGGACGGCCGCAGCCCCGGCGCGCUCAGCGCCUUCGUGCGCGCGGCCGGGGGCGCGCUGGGCAGCGCCGUCUGGAACGCGUCCGGCUCGCACGGCCGCCAGUGGCACCAGGCGGAGCUGGCGGUCAGCCUCUUCUGGCCCAGCGAGUACCAGGUGCUGUUCGAGGCGGUGGUUUCCAGCGAGCGCAGGGGCUACCUGGGCCUGGAUGACAUAUUGCUCCUGAAUUAUCCCUGCUCGAAAGCGCCGCAUUUCUCGCGCCUGGGCGACGUGGAGGUGAAUGCGGGACAAAACGCCACCUUCCAGUGCGUGGCCGCGGGCAAGGCGGCCGAGGCCGAGCGCUUCCUCCUGCAGAGGCAGAGCGGCGAGCUGGUCCCUGCGGCCUCGGUGAAGCACAUCAGCCACCGGCGCUUCCUGGCCACGUUCCAGCUGGACGCGGUGUCCAAGGCGGAGCAGGACCUGUACCGCUGCGUCACCCAGGCCGCCCGCGGCGCCGGCGUCUCCAACUUCGCCGAGCUCAUCGUCAAAGAGCCCCCCACCCCCAUUGCACCUCCCCAGCUGCUCCGGGCCGGCUCCACCUACCUCAUCAUCCAGCUCAACACCAACUCCAUCAUCGGCGACGGCCCCAUCGUGCGCAAGGAGAUCGAGUACCGCAUGACCUCGGGGCCCUGGUCGGAGGUGCACGCUGUCAACAUGCAGACCUACAAGCUCUGGCACCUGGACCCCGACACGGAGUACGAGAUCAGCGUCCUGCUCACCCGGCCCGGCGAGGGCGGCACUGGCAAGCCGGGGCCACCGCUCAUCAGCCGCACCAAGUGUGCAGAGCCCAUGCGAGCCCCCAAAGGCCUGGCUUUCUCUGAAAUCCAGUCCCGACAGCUGACGUUGCAGUGGGAGCCCCUGGGCUACAACCUGACCCGCUGCCACAGCUACACCGUGUCCCUGUGCUACCGCUACUUCGUGGGCAGUGGCCACAACCAGACCUUCCAGGAGUGCGUGAAGAUGGAGCGGAACAGCAACCGCUACACCAUCAAAAACCUGCUGCCCUACAGGAACAUCCACGUCAAGCUCAUCCUCUCCAACCCUGAGGGGCGCAAGGAGGGCAAGGAGGUGAUAUUCCAGACAGAUGAGGAUGUGCCUGGCGGCAUCGCCUCCGAGUCCCUCACCUUCACGCCGCUGGAGGACAUGAUAUUCCUGAAAUGGGAGGAGCCGGUGGAGCCCAACGGCCUCAUCACGCAGUACGAGAUCAGCUACCAGAGCAUCGAGUCCUCAGACCCCGCGGUGAACGUGCCGGGCCCGCGGCGCACGGUGUCCAAGCUGCGCAACGAGACCUACCACGUGUUCUCCAACCUCCACCCUGGCACCACGUACCUGUUCUCGGUGCGGGCCCGUACCGGGAAGGGCUUUGGCCAGACUGCACUCACCGAGAUCACCACCAAUAUCUCCGCUCCCACCUUCGACUACGGGGACAUGCCGUCGCCGCUGAGCGAGUCGGAGAGCACCAUCACGGUGCUGCUGCGGCCGGCGCAGGGCAGAGGCGCUCCCAUCAGCACCUACCAGGUGGUUGUGGAGGAGGAGCGGCCCAAGAAGCUGAAGCGGGAGCUGGGCGGGCAGGAGUGCUUCCCGGUGCCGCUCACCUUCGACGACGCCGUGUCCCGCGGCUCCGUGCACUACUUCGGGGCAGAGCUGCCUGCCAGCAGCCUCACCGAGGCCAAGCCCUUCACUGUGGGGGACAACCAGACCUACAGCGGCUACUGGAACCCGCCCCUGGAGCCCAAGAAGGCCUAUCUCAUCUACUUCCAGGCCAUGAGCAACCUCAAAGGGGAAACUCGGCUGAACUGUGUCCGGAUCGCUCGCAAAGCUGCCUGCAAAGAGAGCAAGCGUCCCCUGGAGGUGUCCCAGCACUCGGAGGAGAUGGGGCUGAUCCUGGGGAUCUGUGCUGGGGGGCUCAUCGUCUUGAUUAUCCUGCUGGGAGCCAUCAUCGUUGCCAUUCGGAAAGGGAAACCCGUGAAUAUGACCAAAGCCACCAUCAACUACCGGCACGAGAAGACGCACAUGAUGAGCGCCGUGGACAGGAGCUUCACGGACCAGAGCACCCUGCAGGAGGACGAGCGCCUGGGGCUGUCCUUCAUGGACACCCACGGCUACGGGCACAGAGGUGAGCAGCGCAGCAGCGUGGUGAACGAGUCCAGCAGCCUCCUGGGGGGCUCCCCGCGGCGGCAGUGCGGCCGCAAGGGCUCCCCGUACCACACGGGGCAGCUGCACCCCGCCGUGCGCGUGGCCGACCUCCUGCAGCACAUCAACCAGAUGAAAACGGCCGAGGGCUACGGCUUCAAGCAGGAGUACGAGAGUUUCUUUGAAGGCUGGGAUGCUUCAAAGAAGAAAGACAAGACCAAAGGGAGACAGGAUCAUGUGUCCACAUAUGACCGUCACCGCGUGAAGCUGCACCCGCUGCUGGGGGACCCCAACUCUGACUACAUCAACGCCAACUACAUCGAUGGCUACCACAGGUCCAACCACUUCAUAGCCACACAAGGGCCCAAGCAGGAGAUGGUGUACGACUUCUGGCGCAUGGUGUGGCAGGAGCACUGUUCCAGCAUCGUUAUGAUCACCAAGCUGGUGGAGGUGGGCCGGGUAAGGAUCCCAUCCCUGUAUCCCUGUACCCCUGUAUCCCUGUAUCCCAUCCCUGUAUCCCAUCCCCAUCCCAUCCCUCCGGGCUCCAGCUCUGCUGGAAGCACCUCCCCAGAGCCAAACCCCCCUUCUGUGCUCUCCUUGCAGGUGAAAUGUUCCAAGUACUGGCCGGAUGACUCUGAGAUGUACGGGGACAUCAAGAUCACGCUGGUGGAGUCAGAGACGCUGGCUGAGUACGCUGUGCGCACCUUCACCCUCGAGAGGCGGGGUUACUCAGCGCGGCACGAGGUGAAGCAGUUCCACUUCACAUCGUGGCCCGAGCACGGCGUCCCGUACCACGCCACGGGGCUGCUGGCCUUCAUCCGCAGGGUGAAGGCGUCCACGCCGCCCGACGCCGGCCCCGUCGUCAUCCACUGCAGUGCUGGCACAGGGAGGACUGGCUGUUACAUUGUCCUGGAUGUGAUGUUGGACAUGGCCGAGUGCGAGGGCGUCGUGGACAUCUACAACUGCGUGAAGACGCUCUGCUCGCGGAGGAUCAACAUGAUACAGACGGAGGAGCAGUACAUCUUCAUCCACGACGCCAUCCUGGAGGCCUGCCUGUGCGGGGAGACCAGCAUCCCCGCCAGCGAGUUCAAGCCCACCUACCAGGAGAUGGUGAGGAUAGAGCCACAGAGCAACUCCUCGCAGCUGCGGGAGGAGUUCCAGACCCUGAACUCGGUGACGCCGCACCUGGAUGUGGAGGAGUGCAGCAUCGCGCUGCUGCCCCGCAACCGCGAGCGCAACCGCAGCAUGGACGUGCUGCCGCCCGACCGCUGCCUGCCCUUCCUCAUCUCCGUGGAUGGAGACAGCAACAACUACAUCAACGCGGCCUUAACCGACAGCUACACCAAGAGCGCUGCCUUCAUCGUGACGCUGCACCCGCUGCAGAACACCACCACCGACUUCUGGCGGCUGGUGUACGACUACGGCUGCACCUCCAUCGUCAUGCUCAACCAGCUGCACCAGUCCAACUCCGCCUGGCCCUGCCUGCAGUACUGGCCCGAGCCGGGGCUGCAGCAGUACGGCCCCAUGGAGGUGGAAUACAUCUCGGGGGUGGCGGACGAGGACGUCGUGUCCCGGCUCUUCCGAGUCCAGAACAUCACACGGUUGCAGGAGGGGCACCUGAUGGUCCGGCACUUCCAGUACCUGCGCUGGUCAGCCUAUCGAGACACCCCGGACUCCAAGAAGUCCUUCCUGCACCUCCUGGCCCAGGUGGAGAGGUGGCAGAAGGAAAGUGGUGAUGGCAGGACUGUGGUGCACUGCUUGAACGGAGGAGGCCGGAGUGGCACCUUCUGUGCCUCCACCAUGAUCCUGGAGAUGAUCAAGUGUCACAACAUGGCAGAUGUUUUCUUCGCUGCCAAGACCCUCCGCAACUACAAACCAAACAUGGUGGAGACCUUGGAGCAGUACCAUUUCUGCUACGACAUAGCACUGGAAUACCUGGAGUCCCUGGAGAGCAGAUAGCACCUGGCCAGGAGAGGGGCAGCAAGGGCUCGUGCAGGGGCUGUGCCAACUGCCCUUCCAGCUGGACACUGUGCCCCUGCCUGGGGAGGGAAACAGCAAAGGAGCCACCAGGAAACUCUCUGGAUCCAGAAAGCAAAAGGACGUGGAGAUGUGUUGGCCACUCUCCAUCUCCAUCCUGUGCUGCCCAUCCUCCCUGCCCUGGGUGUGCCCGGGUGCUGGAUCCCAGAAAUCAGCCGUUCCUCGGGUCACAGCCGGCUUGGUGUGCGGGGUGCAGCCCUGCCGUGCUCUGCAGAGCUCGGGGGCGGGAGCAGGAGGCCAGAGGGAGCUGAGGCUGCUCCCAGCAGGGAAGGAUGGGCACUGCGAGAUGUUGCUCUUUUGUGUGUGCGAUUGAAGCUGCUCCUCAGGAGCCGGAGGUUUUCCCUCGGUGGGAUUUUCUCUGAGCCGGAUCAAAGACCCCCCAGGAGCUCCUGAGUUUCUUCCCGUUGGCACCAUGAGUUUGAUCCUGUUCUAGUUCUGUGAGUUCUGACCCUUUGUGUGUCCUGGACAGGCAGGGAUGAGGGAUGGGAGGGUGGAGGGCACUGGCCAUGCAAUGUCCCUCGGCAGGGACCGUCCUGGUGCUUUUGCAGAGCUCCUGAGGGGAUGGUUCUCCAGCAUCUCCACACCUUCCUCUCCAUCUGGAGGAGUGAAUUCCUCCUGUUGUCCCACAGGCACUGGCCCAUGGGUCUGUUUUAAACCCUUCCCUUGUGCAUCACUUCGUUUGAAGCAAAAUCCUCAAAAUUCUGGUCUGUCCCAAGCCCUGUCUGGAUUCCACCCCUGGGCAGUUGCCUGUUGAUGCUCUUGGCUGUUGCUGGGCCUGGUGGGGUGGGAGGAUCAGUUUUGGAGGGUGUUGUCUUGGGCUGAGCUGUGCCUAAGCCAUGGCCAUGCACUGGUGCUGGACAGGGGAAGGUCCCCACACUCCUGUGCCACCAGGGCUGGUGGCUGAAGCACCUGAUGCUUUUUAGCUCCAUCCUGCUGCAGGUGGGUGUGAAAUGGCACUUUUUCCAUCUGAUGUUGUGGUAAUCACAGGGAUUCUGCUCUCAGCCUGGUUAUAAUAAAAUAAACAGCCUUGGGAAGGCAUCCAGGUGUGGGUCUGCCCGGGGCACUGAGGGGAGGUUGGUCUGUCCUCAGGGCCAGGCAGAACCUUCACCAUCACUUCUGGGGGUGGAGCAGAGCAGAUGGGAAGCUGUCCUCCAGGUGCUGAAGGCUCAUGUGGCAGCCCUGUCUUUGAUCCAUCAGUCAUCCUUCACCCAUCCAUGCUCCCCCACCCUCCAGCCCACCUCCCCAGGCAGGGGCAGCUUCCCACCCUGCCUGCCUGGGGCUGGCAAUCCCUUUGCCCAGGGAAUUCUCCCCAGGGAGUCAUGAGGCUGCACAGCUGUGUGCUGGAGGAACAACCCAGAUGUUUCCAUCCACCUCCCAAGGGUGGGGGAGAGCAGGAAGAGCCAUCCCUGCCCUCUCUGCCCUGGGGCAGUGUGCCACUGCUGUGCUGGUGGGGAUUUCAGCACCACCCAACCCCUGGCUCUCCCACCUUCUCCCUGAGGAAUUCACAGCCUGACAAUAAUUUAUUCCAAGGGCUAUAUGACAUCAUUCCUUCCUUUCCAUCCCUGCUGUCUCACCUGCUGUGUGCCCAUUCUGUCUUGUCACCAAAAGGUUUUUUUACCCCAGCUGGCCCAGUAACACCAGUACCUGGCUACAGCACUACUCACACUGGGAUAAACUGGUGUCCUCUUCCCAGUCCCCAUCUCUCCAUAGCCCUGUCUGCGCUGUCCUAGGGAAGGUGCUGCAUGCUGGGUGCAGAAAUUGUUUGGUUUUGUAUGAAAAUGGCUGAGCUGAGCCUCUGAAAUCCCUGGGGAUGGGAUGGUUUGGGGGCUGUCCAGCCCUGGGAGCUGGAGGGAUGCUGCUGCCUGGGCCACCCCAUCCUCCCUGUGGUCCAGAGGGAGGGAGGGUCCCACAGGGCUCUGCAGGUAAAGUAUUGCCAGAAAGGGGAAAGGGAGGACAGCUGAAACCCCAGUUAGUUCUACAGAGACAGCAGAGACUGGAGGAGUUGUAUAUAUGUUUUAAAGUUGAGAUUUUUUUCAUUUUUAUUUUAUUUUGAUACCUUCUUGCUGGGUGUCUCUGGGUUUUUAGGGCAUCUCUGGCAAAGGGCAGAUUUUGAAAUCCAAGUGCUAUAAAACCCAACCCAUCUCCAACUCCUACUGAGAUGUCCCUCUGACACGAGGCAAGGACAUCCUGUACAUAGAAAUAUAUAUAUAGAAAUCUAUAAAUAAAAAUAUAAAUACUGUUCUUAAGAUGGAUAAUGUUUAUUGGUAUUACAGAUUGGAGUGGUGUUUUUUUUUUUUUUUUAAUAAAAACAAAACAAAAAAAAAGGGAAAAAUUAAAACUCAAGAAAAACCACCAAAUUGGAACAAUUUUGUCUAUAUGCAAAGUGAUCCUAAAAGCUGGCAGCAUCCCAGAGCUGGUGCCAAAGGGACCUGGGACCAAGAGGCAGCUCCACCAUGGAGGAGGAUGGACUGAGGGACUGAGGGAGGGACAUGUCUGAUGUGGAUUGUACCACGCACAUCCAGCUGUUGUUAACUAGUUUUUUUUUUAUUAUUUUGUUAUUAUAUUAUUAUUUUUGGCUUUCUUUCCUUUUAAGAAAAUCAGUUGCAUAAAUAAAUGUUCCAAAUUUGU